GUUAAUCACGCACAUGUUUGGUGUUCGUUGGCUGGCAAACACUUGAUUGUGAAUUCUCCCGUGUUUUUUAUGUGUUUUUCUUUUUUUCACUAACCCUAACAGCAACCAUGUCUUGCACUGCCUCAAAUGAAUACCUUAACGAAUUACUCAACGACAAAACCACCGUCUCGAAAAUGCCAAAGAUAUUUCUCCACGCAGAGCGAUUGCUUGACCAAGAAAUAAACAGAACAAGAAACGAGUUAUUCCAUGGGAUAACUAAUGGUGUUGAAUCAAGUGCAUCAGAUACGUCGAUAACACUGCCGAGUCCUUCAGGACCAAGGAUAAAGCUAACAGAGAAAGUAUUUGCCCCCGUUAAAGAGUAUCCAAAGUUCAACUUCGUAGGCCGUGUGAUAGGGCCACGGGGUAUGACAUUAAGAGAAAUCGAAAGUCAAACAGGAUGCAAGCUGUUAGUGAGAGGGAAGGGCUCCAUGAAAGAUAAAAAGCUGGAGGAAGAGAAACGAGGACAACCAAAUUAUGAACACUUAGAUGAAGAUCUUCAUGUACUGAUAUCCGUUGAAGAUACUGAGGACCGAUGUCGUGUGAGACUUCAGAAAGCUGUCGACAGGGUACAACAGCUCCUGAGACCAGUGGAGGAAGGAGAAGAUGAAAUCAAAAAGAAACAGCUCAAAGAUUUGGCUUUACUCAACGGCACACUACGAGAACCAGGUGUACCAGUUGGUGGAGCCCCACCAAUAGUACCAGGUGGUCUACUAGGAAUGCCGAUACACCAAGGACUAACAGGCUACCAACUCACUCGGCAUCCAGUACCUGCAGCAUACCACACCCAUUUAACAGGCCUGGAAUUUCCCUAUGCCGCAGGUCGUCCAGGAACUAUACUCGACUACCAGGCCUUACUGGAACCAUCAAUACUGGGUGCAGUAAAACCAAGAAGACCAAUCAGAGAACAUCCGUACCAGAGAUAAGGUGGGCACCGACCAUGAGAUGAAGUGGCGUAAUGCUGCUUAUGCUCUUGAUUUGCAAGUGAUAUCGAUCGUGUUAAAAUUGUAUCUAUUUAACUAUACUGGUAAUAGGAAAUGGACUUCUCCUACGAAUAACUGAAUAUUUUACACUAAAGGGUUUGUCGCGAGCUCAAUUCUAUUUCCACACUUCGAAACAAUAAUAUGAAUUGUGAAUUAUUGAAGAGAAAAUCGGAAAUCUCUACUAUGUCUAUAAAUUCCUGCUGGAUUUCACCAGGACUUCUGGAUUAAGAAGAAGAGAAAUUCCCUUGUUGCUUGCUUCACAAGGAGUUUUAGUCUGAUGACUAGAUGGUAAAAAAAUCUUAAAUUUCAUAAUUUUAUUCUAUCAAAAAGUUUUAGAAACCUCAAUUUAUAUAUUGCAGUAAAUUUUGAAUUAACUGCAUUCCAAUUUCUUGUGGUGUAUGUUAGUUUUCCCAUGUCACAUAACAUGUCAUUCCCUUUGGUUUCUUUUUUCAUCAGUAACGCAUGAAUAGAUACAUCAAUAUUAAGGAAAGUCAAAAAAUAUUAUCCUUGAACCCUGGUUCUUGCUAGUGGUGCAAGCUGACAUACGCAUAAACACAAGAUGAAGUCAAAGCAAGAAAAACAAUCUUCCAUUUUUCUUGCGUCCCUUCUUCUUAUAGUGAGAAUAUGGAGUUGUUUCUGCUUCGGUCGCUAGUGAGAACAAGGCUAAAGGGAAUGACAUUUGGACUGAAAUGGGAAAGCAUUAAACACCCAAGUGGAUGACACAAUAGAUUGAGCUUUCUGAAACGAAAAAUAGAUUUGACAUACAGUUUUAUUUUUUUUGUCCAAACAUUUAUGGACCAAAUUUAGUGUAAGUGCACAAGAACUGGGAGAUAUUGCAGUACAAUAUAUGAGAAAACUAGAAAAUUUAACUAAGAAAAUUGACUACAGAUUAUUUCAAAAUGGGAUCCUGAAUAGAUUUUUAUUUUUAAUAUCAUCAAAUAUUAAUCAUUGAUUGGUUAAUUAGAACAUUUAUAGCAAAAUCAAGUAAAGAGUUUUAUACAAAAUUUUUAUAAAGUUUAUAUUGGAAAUCAUAUUAUUAUCUAUUAUUUUUGUGGGUCUGUUCUGAGAUGUUAUUGUUUUGUUAUGAAUUUUCCUGUUUAUAAAUGAGUGAUUGUAAUCAAAAUAAUUAAUAUUAAUAAUUAUAAGAACAGUGCAAGUUAUGAGGUUUAAAAUAGUGAUAAAAUGGCAUCCUCUGUGAAUAGCCAAAUGGAAGUAUUUCUUGGAGGAGAAAGGUUUAUGAUGCACCAUUUUCUCCUAACAUGCAUACACAAAUUCUUAUCUUAUGUCUUAGUUACUAAUGUCUAACUGUUAUGAGAAGAUAGAUUUUGAUAUUCUUGUUUUGUCCAUUUGUUGGCUGUCGUUUUUUGCGAUGUGAUCAUAUUUGCCCAGCAACGCUACCACUACGGCAAUUCACUAGUUCACUGAAACAUGCUUUAACAAAGUAAUUCAAACUCACCUAAUCUUCACCAAUACUGCUAUCCUAGGCACGCAUUAUUUAUACUUGCACAUCGUCAAAUACUUGAACACAUAUUACUGCUAUUCAACACUAUUGAAUGACAUAAAUCUCUUCAAUAAUCAGUGCACUCAUAAUCUACGCAAAAGAGCGUAAAAUUUUCUAUGCGAGAACAUUUUACUCACUCUUAAUAACCUUCCUAUUAACACCAUAAAAUUAAAAUUAACUUUUUCAGGGAAGAAAAAACUUACCGUAAAUUAAUAGACUAACAUGAUUUGUUCUCUUGUUAGAGACUGGUAACCAUAACAACGAAGAGCUUACUAAUAUGGCGUUGCUGCGUGAUGUUAACAUGGCAUGUUGUGUAGUAACAGCUUAGCAUAUGUAUAUUUCACCUAGAAUAUGUGUAUCACUUGAAAGAUGGAGCUAAAAAGUCCAAUUUCUUAUCAAGGUUUCAUUAUCUUCCCAUUACUUCUAUUUGAGUUGUUCAUUAGUUUUCAUGAUGAAACUUAAGGUCAAACUUCAGUUUUCCUUCCUUUGCAGAACACACUAAAUUCCAAUUUUAUUUGUCAAUAGCAUUUUUCACAGCUACUAAAAAUAGAUGUUGCAAAGCCUCGGGGAUAGAAAUGUUGACAAGCACUGAAAGUAGAACCUUCAAUUACAAGGAAAAGAAUAGAGUGCAAACAAUUAAUCCGUGAAACACUAAUUACUAAAUAGUACAAAAUAGUGCUAAUUAAACAAUAGAAAACAAUGGAAAACAAUGGAAUUUGCAUGAAAUUGUGCUAUUUAGUAUUACUAAAGUUUUGAGGUUAUAUUGUUUGCACUCUAAUAAUAUCAUUCCUAAAACCAUAGUUCUUCCAUGAGAUUAUAAGACUAUGAAACAAUGUUGCAACAUAUUAGCAUGUGCGCUUGGCUUGGGUUGUCCACAUUUCAAUCCCAUGAUGCAAACUUGUGACGUCAUCCGUGGAAAAUGCUAUUAGCUGUUUUAGGGUAUCAAUAGAAUUUUGAAAGAUUUUGUAAGGUUUCUCCAUAUUUCUGCAACCUCAAAACUUCCAGACCUCCCUGUGGUUUCUUUUUUCUUUUGGCAAUUAAAAUAAUGAGCUUAGAUAAUGGUAAGUUUGAUGGAUGUAAGCUACAACCCCCCUUCCAUAAAAAGGUGCUUUUCUGGAGUUCCUGACAUGCAAAAACAGGAGAAAGCAUUCUUAUCUUCUUCCCCAUCAAUUUAUCAAAAAUUCUGGGGGCAAAAAUUAUUGGAGAAAAAAUUAAAAAAAAAAUUAAAUCUCAGUUCCAAUAAUUGAAUUCUGGAAAUAAAAUAAAAAACUUUUGCAUCUCAGUUUCGAUAACAUUUGACUUUGAUAAGUUCUUGUUGAUAUUUUGGCUCCACCUUCCUGUCUCCAGUGAAACACUAGACCUUGUACAUGCAUAACGUACAUAGAGGGCACUAGUUAACUCAUGAUUACAGAUUUAAGUUUUGUACCAGAUGAUUCAUAAUAUAUUUCUUUAUAUUGAGAGUAUCAAUUAUAUAUCAAAAAAUCAAUUGUCAUUGUAAUAUAUAUAAAAAAAGAGCAAGGAGAGCCAGCAUAGCAGUUUUAAAUGUCCAAGAAAAGAUUUUUGGGAAAAGGGAUAAUUUUCAAAUGUUUGUUUUAUUCAAGCAUGGGCUUGUAUGUGCUUAGCCUCAUUUUUGUAGGUAGUGGUACGUCGUAUUGGGCUCUCCUUGCUGGUCAUGAUUAAUAGAUAUCGAUUAAUUUUUUAGCGCAGUUCCUGUUUGAUUCUAUGUUUUGUACACUAAAUAAAAAAUGCUGAUUCAUAUGAUAAUGGAUGAUCCAUUAAGAUUCUUAAUAGCUAAGUUUAGCAGGUAUAGGCUGCUAAUCCUGCUAGAUCCCUUUAAGGUUACUGUAUCAAUUAGAAAAUGGCUGUUUGGUUAUUGUAUAUCAGUUUGAAAAGAACUUACAGUUAUAUUAAUGGAUUUUACUUAGCAAGGGUAACAUGAUAGAUAGUUCUCUAUUUCCCUUAUAGAGGCUUUGCACUGCCACGUGAUGGCAGCCAUGACAGGAGGCAGGAACAAUUGAAUCUGUUUUAUUAUGAUUUACAUGAGAAAAAUUCAGUUUACUGGGGGUAAAACAUUCUGUUGUGCCUCCUGUCAUGGCUGCUGCCACGGGAUGGUGCAAAGCCUCUAUUAAAUCUUCAUACCAGUACUAUCAGAAUCCUUUUGUAGGCCUAAUUAACCCCAUUAUCUUGUGCCUCUCAAAGGUUUGUGAAAGCAUUGGUAUGGCAGAUGGGUAAAAGAGAAAUGAAUUUUUAUGGUGAAGGUUAUCGGGUCAUCACUUUUGAUGGUAGUUUGAUCUUAAGGGAACAUUAAACUUGAUUUGUAUAACAAUAAUCAUGCAUGCUGAUUUCAAAUGCAGUUAAUGAAUGUAAUGAAUAUAACAAAUGCACUAAUCAAGGUUUUAAAACACUAAUAGAAUACCUUUGGGUUGUCUGUGGAAGCAUAGGGGAGGAGAAUAGCCCUUGGUGUUGCAUGGUGUACCCAGAUGUCAUCCAACUGGGGCCCUAAAAGUUCGGCUACCCAAUACCCUGUAAUACAGCAUAACCUAUCCUGAGUCUCGUUGGCAAAUUGGCAAAGAGGCAAAUUGUUUCAGCUUGGAGAGUUUUCUUUAGUUCAGAAUUCUAUUUCUUGUAAGGUCAAGUUUACCCUGCUUGAGUUUCAUUCAUAGAGAAGGUAAAAGGAUUUUUGAAGGUUCUGUUCUGGGGUACGUUUAUCCUUAGAAGGAAUAGAAUUCUUAACCCCCCACCCCCUCCCCCAAAAGACCUGAGCUGAAACCAUACUUUGCAAUAUGAAGGGACUUGGUGAAUUACAGAAAUGCUACUUGCAACACUGAAACAAAUGAACCUGCUUUUGUGCAAUGCAUUUACUGCAAGUGAGUUGCAAAUGAAGCAUGUUGGCCAAAAGAGGGCAUAUUUCUUCUCCUUUCUUGCUUAAGCUAUGUGUAAGCUGUAUUAAUGUAACACUUGUGAUUUAAGGCCACAACAAACUUGAUUUAGUAAUUGUGAUUGUUAAUAUUGUGAAGUUGCACCAAUCAGAACUGAUUUAUGAAAUAAAGAACUUAAUUUUGAAAA